AUGCUCGUGACGCAGAAACAAUAUCGCUCUUGCAUCGUGACCAUGGCUGGCUUCCGCUACCAGAUGACCUUCAUCGAUGAAGUCGCUGAGCCAACAGCAGAGGUCAUCCGAGCAAAGAGCUGCCCACCAGUGCUGAAGACCCCGAAGAUGACGACAGAUGCUACCAGCCUUGGUUUGAUGCAUGAACAGGAGCGGCUCGCAUUGCAGGUUUCCAAACUUCAAGAAAGGUCUCAGCUGCUCUCCACCUUCGAGGGAGCAGUCCGCCCCAAUGACACCGGCGCACGUCGCGGUGAGGCGAUUCCUUCGCUGGGAAGCUACGGCCAUCCCAAUAUUUGUCGAAGGCCAUGCAUCCUCAUGAUGCGAGGCACAUGUCAAAAGGGUGCAGAUUGUGGUUUCUGCCAUUUGGCUCACGAAGCUCGCAUUCCUUCCUUCGACAAGCAGCAACGCGACUUCUUGAAACUCCUUCCACCUGUCACCUUCUUGGAGAUGAUUUUGCCAUAUGUGCGCAAAACAGUGGAGGCGAGCGAACUUCCUGGAGCUUGUCGAGUGCUUCAGCUGCUGGAGAGUGAAAUUGUUGUCCGAGCGACGGGGGGCACCACGGUCCAAAGGACUCCACGCAAGAUUCGAUAUGUCUUGGAGCGAAUGAGUCUGGCCAAUUUGGUCAGCUUGAUUUGCUCGUUGAAGGGCUGGUUGUGGCGAGGUGCUCAAAGUGAGGAGGACAUUAUGACCUUCAUCGAUGAAGUCGCUGAGCCAGCAGCAGAGGUCAUCCGAGCGAAGAGCUGCCCACCAGUGCUGAAAAGCCCAAAAAUGACGAAAGAUGCCACCAGCCUUGAUUUGAUACAUCAACGGAAGCGGCUUGCGUUGCAGGUUUCCAAACUUCAAGAAAGGUCUCAGCUGCUCUCCACCUUCGAGGAAGCAGUCCGCCCCAAUGACACCGGCGCACGUCGCGGUGAGGCGAUUCCUUCGCUGGGAAGCUACGGCCAUCCCAAUAUUUGUCGAAGGCCAUGCAUCCUCAUGGUGCGAGGCACAUGUCAAAAGGGCGCAGAUUGUGGUUUCUGCCAUUUGGCUCACGAAGCUCGCGUUCCUUCCUUCGACAAGCAGCAACGAGACUUCUUGAAACUCCUUCCACCGGUGACCUUCUUGGAGAUGAUUUUGCCAUAUGUGCGCAAAACGGUGGAGGCGAGCGAACUUCCUGGAGCUUGUCGAGUGCUUCAGCUGCUGGAGAGUGAAAUUGUUGUCCGAGCGACAGGGGGCACCACGGUCCAAAGGACUCCGCGCAAGAUUCGAUAUGUCUUGGAGCAAAUGAGUCUGGCCAAUUUGGUCAGCUUGAUUUGCUCGACCCUCCGUGGCCGUUUUCCAAAGCUAAUAGCCAUUGAGCUCAAUAACUUACGCGAAACAGCCAAAAUUUUGGAGUCUUGA